UUUUCUAAUCCUUUCAACUAGGAGGGGUGUGAUAAAGUCUACAUAAGUACUUCCGACGUCCAGAUGCAUGCGAACUAUCAUCGGAAAGAUUCGGCUAUUAUUCGGGAGGGAUUCCAAAGGUUUCGGGCGACGGAGGACUGCGGCACCCAACAGUGUUCCUUCUAUGGCCAACGAACCACACAUUUUCACUGUCGUCGGACUGGGUGCAAUUAUACUUUCAAAAAUAAGGCAGACAUGGAAAAACACAAAUCUUACCACAUCAAGGAUGAACAGUUGAACAAAGAUGGCUUCAAGAAAUUCAUGAAGCAAGAACAUUGUUACUUUGAAAACUGUCGGUUUUCUCGUGUGUGCAACCACAUCCACUGUAUCCGUCCAGGAUGUACGUACGUUCUACACUCAAGUGGACAGCUGUAUUCGCAUAAAAGAAAGCAUGAGAGGCGGGAAAAUGAAAUGGCUUACCGGAAAUACAAACUGGCUCAGAGCAUGAUGAAGACGUUAUCAGAGACAGGAGCAGUGCCACCCGGUGGUGUUCCAGAACAGUAUAUAACCUCGCAAGGAGAUGGAUCUCUGAGUUCAAGUUCCAGCAUGAGUUCCAUGCCUGUUAUCCAGUGUUCAGCUCCAUCGCUCGUUCAACCAGGAGACCUCAGUAACGCCACAACUAAUGGAGCGGAAAAUACUGGAAUUUCUGGUGAUGAUGGAUUUUCGUCCCAUCAUGUUUCGUCUCAACCAUCAAUAGUUGACAGCCUUCCCCAGUCAUUUGCCAGAUUUGCAACAAUGCUUACUGGUGUGAACCUAACGACACCUAUCGGAGCAGAUUUGAACGCUGGAUCGUCUCAUCCCACUCCUGAUAGCAACAAUAGUCUUAUAGCUCCAGAAGCUGUAGACUUAAGUAGCGGCGUGACCAAAUCAACCAAUCCUGAUGAUGCAUGGAAAAAAUACGUUACAAGGUAUACAGGAAAUGAGCCUUGCAAGUCCGAGUGCGAGCAGACAGACAAAGACCAUUUUCACUGUACAACCGACAACUGUGACAUGACAUUUCGAGCCAAAGAUAUUAAUGGUGUGAGAGAGCAUGCGCAAAAUCAUGAAACCCAGGACAGGAUAACAGACUGCCACUAUACAACUGUUGAAGCCGGAUCAGUUGCUCAGUGUUCUGCUGAAUGCUUGUUUCGAGGAAUGGAAGAACAUUACCAUUGCAAUUGGGGAGGGUGCCAAGCUGUUAUUAGCAGUUUGGAUAAGCCUUUCAAGCGAUUGGAUCACUACAAGAUUCACGAGUAUACCAACAAACAGAAUCAACCUCCUAUGGCCUUCACCACUUCGGUUGAUGGGAUCUUCAAACGAAAACGUGGUCGACCUCCGAAGAACAGGGUUAUAGAGUUUCCAAUUCCUUCUACUCCACCUCACCUCCCUCAAGCAAUAUACACCAGUUUUAAACUCCCAAAGCCUACCGCUCUUCCUCAGCAGACUUUUAUGACUACAGUUUCAACACCAUUUGGAGCACCUCCCUUAAAUUUUGCUGUCGCCCCUCAUCCCGCCCUUCUAACAAAAGGAGCAAAUGCUGUCUCUCUCCUUGCUCCUACAGUUCCUUCUGGAAUCUCAUACUCUUCUCCAUCAGAGAGGGAAAGCUUCGGAUAUGGAAUACAGCCACUUCUGGAAUUUCUGUGGAACCCGAACAUCAGUCUUUGUCUUCAGUCCAACAACUUAACCAAAGACGGGUUUUACGUGUUUCCCAAGAACACGCCAUGUCCUGAUCAACUGUGUCCUUACCUCGGAGAGCACCACUACCACUGUACUCAGCUUCGGUGUUACUACGUCACAGACAGAAGCGACAUCCUCCUCCUUCAUUCCAAAGACUUUCAUGACAACAUUGACAUAAUGGAGGGUUUUGUAUUCUUUGAUCGAAAUGUCGACUGUCGGUUGCCUAACUGCCACAGCAACAAGGUCAAUCGCCAUUUCCAUUGCAUUCGUUCAGGAUGCAAUUACUCAUUUGUGCGUUACAGCACUAUGUGUAUUCAUGACCAAAAACAUCGGGACCAAGAUGAUGAUGGCUCAAUAUCCGGUCAACCCAGAAAGAGGUCAUCCACCAGCGACGAAGAGGGAUCCGUGAGUCCUAAGGUUACAUCUACAGUUAUGACUGUAACCACUGAAGCUACCAAUAGUUCUUCAACAACGGGAGACUCUUUGUCUAAAGCAACAGUAGUGAAGGCAACGGGCACUUAUUAUCCAUUAUCUGCAUUUACCAAAGCUUCAGCAUCAAACCAGAAAAGUACGGCUGGAAUGCCAGUGUUUCCUGAAGAGGACUUCAGACCACAUUCGGAGGACCACACUUCUGAAGCAAAUCUUAAAAACGAGCGCCCAUUAACAAAACUUCUACAGGAACCAAGUCCCAACUUGAAAAACACUUUCCAGGGAACCGAGAAACAUAUCCAAUAUGGAACCUCACAUAGCUGUGGACGUCCUUUCUGUAAACUAAAGAAGAAGGAACACUUCCACUGCAAUAUAUGUAACCAGGCUUUUUCUAGCUUCUCUAGACUGAAGCCACAUGUAACGAAGCAUGCAGCUGGUUUUCGGCCAGAGCCAAUCUACACUUCCAGUACGCAAAGUCCAGCUGCCUCUCCUUCCCAGUGUUCGCCUACUUCCGUUCAACAGUGUGAAGGAGAGGUUAUCAGUGAAAACGAGGACCCAGAUCCUAACGAAGACUUAAUAAACCGAAACAGCCCUGAUCCUGAAGUAGAUAAAACUUUAAAUGAAGAGAGUCCACAGUCACCUCAAGUGUCUGGCGUAGACUCCAAAGUUUCUGUACCUCAGUUAUUCCCAUGGCAACAAUUUUCUCUAGCUACAUUUUCUGGUCACCAGCUUAUAGCCCCCCAAGGAAUGGCUACACCAAUUUUUACAAUGCACGGAGGCACGAACUUUAGUCACCAGAUGGCGCUGGCUACGCAAGCUAGUAUCGCUGCAUCCAGUGAAGGCUUUUACGGUUCUCCACAAGUGGACUACAGUGCUGUAAGGAAGGAAGAAGUAUCCUCGACGCCAGAUCGCAAGCGCCCUAUUGCGAAAUCUCCGAGUUGUUCCGAAUCAAAGAAAAUGAGGAUGCCAAGUUUGCGUAUUUUAAAAGACGAACCAGUUCCCGAAGGAUAUACACGUUAUCGUUUCAACGAGGAUUGUGUUUAUCCUCACUGUGGAUACAGAGAGCAUCAAACCCACUUUCACUGCGUUCGAAAAGACUGUGGCUACAGCUUUUGCGACAAGACCCGAUUUGUCCAGCACACGGCUCGCCACGAACGGCUAGACACCUUGAUGGGAGGUGAUUUUGAACAGUUUCGAGCGAACAUUAACUGUGGCCGGCCAAACUGCAUUUAUAUGAAUACAGUUGGCACAAUGACUAACAAGGCUUCUCAUUUUCAUUGCAGAAAAUGUGACUUUGUGUGCACUGACACCAACAAAGUCGUCGCUCACCGUAGACAACAUAUGAAGAUGGACAGCAUUAAUGCUGCAGGGUUCGAUAAGUACACCCCAUCUCAAGAUUGUAAUAUAGAGGGAUGCAACCAUAAUCGGAAACAGACCCACUACCACUGCCUGAAGUGCCAGUACGCUGUGUUAGGCCUAUCACAAAUGUCAGCACAUAAGUAUCGCCAUAUGGAUUGAAUAGUUGCACACUUUAUACCGAUGUAAUUGUAAGCUUAUAACGCAAUCUUACUUCAGAAUGAACAAGUUAUCAAGAGCCCAUGUUCACUCAAUAAUGAGGUAAUAACUGAAGUUGUAGCAGUCUUAAUAGAGUGCCCCUGGUGGUGAUUCCAGGUCUUGUAUCCCCCCUUCAAGUGCCAAGCAAGACUUGCCUACCGAGAGCACCUGGUGACAGAACCAGCAUCUCCCCUAUCGUCCGUAAAGGGGCCUUUAGUUAUAUUUUUGUAGAAAUCGUUAUAGUGAGAUACGUCUGUGAAUGUAUAUGUUUUUGUGUGACCUUGCCGCCUGCCCUCUAGGGUUCUUACUUUCAACAGGGUUUAUAGGUCAAUACAUGUACAAAACCUACCAACCUGUGCUCAAAGCACACAAUUAAUUGUUAUUUUUCUUUAGAAUGGUAUAUUUUAGCCGUGAUUAUUGUAACUUAUGUAGCGUUCUUUUCUCUUAUAUAUACACACAUAUAUAUAUAGGUUGUUUUAUCAACAACUCUGACCAAGUCAUUUUAUAGCGAUGUUUCGCCCCCCCCCUUCCCCAGAGAAAGAGCUCUAUAGGUAAUAGCGGGUUUUUGAUUUUAAUUUGUGGCACAUCUUGGAAGAAUCAGAAGUCGGGUUUUUAUUCGUCUCAAAUUCAAAAAAGACUCAGAAAAUGGGAGAUUGUGGUGUGUGAGAGAGAAAUAAAAAUAAAUGCAAUCGUAAUCGUAAACAUUGGAUUAUGCAAAUGUCACAGACAUGAGCUCAAGAAGUCAAUAUAGAAUUGUAGAAGUGAGUAUAGCUCCCUCUGGUGGCUCGUUUUAUUUAUCCACAUCUAAUUAGAUACCUAGCCAUUCCACGAGGAUUGUGUUUUGUAUUUUUUUUGUCCAUUUUAGGUAGCAAACGAAAAAGUUGAGUCAAAACAAUACAAAGUUUUUUGUGAAUAAUUUUUAAAUAGAAUGUUUUUUUACUAUUGUAGAAAGAAGAUUUUUUUUUUUCAUUGAAAAGCUCAUCUUUCUUCGGGUUCCCUCUAUGUAAUUUACUAAAACUUAAAAUCACUCGCAAUCGUCGUUUUUUUAGUUCGCGUAUAGGUGGCACUGCGGUUGUUUUCGAAACAUCAACUCGUUUUAAUUCAAAGCAUGUCAGUACUUUAAAUACGAGUUAUGCAAAACGUAUUGUGUGAUAAUAUAGCAAUGACUCACGCUGAACUUUGAAGGAAAAAUUUGUAGGUUAAGAAAACGUAAAAUGAUGAGAAAAAAAAUCAGUAUUUGACAGAUAUCUCUUGAAUUUUGAAACUGUUGAGUGCUUUAUAUCUUAGUUUUGUAAAUUUCUUCCCUACAAAGAGGGAAUGUUUCAGUAUCCCAAUUUUUGCCUUAUUCAUUCCAUUUCGUACAUAUCCCAGAGAAAGCCUUCAACUAGUUCUUACAAAACAUACCAGUGCCUUUCAUAUUUCUAUAUUUCAAAUUUAGAUUCCAUAAAUUUAAAUAUUUUCGAUCAUUUUAUAAUAUAUAGAAGCCUAUACGUAUAAGAACGAAACUUAAAAAUAACGUAAAAGGACUCUGAUUUUAGUAUGUAAUAUCCUGGAUCGUAACGACCUCUCUAUAUGUAAUGGCAAUUGUUUAAGUAAGAGAAUUCCUGUAACUCAAACUAAGGUCUUAUAAUAUUUCAGCUUCAGCAUAUUGUCAGUAAUAACGGUAAAAGUCCUUCUCUUGAUCACACUGUACGUGGACGUUUACCCUCAAACUUCACAUCAUCCAACUUAUUAACCUAAACUGGACAAGGCUCAAAGUUAGUUAAAAGGUCAAAGUAGAAGGGUUACUUCUAAUGUUUUCUGUUUAUUUAUUUAGAUGAAUAUUUUUUUUUGUUUUUUACUGCAGCAAAUUGCUUAGCCAAAAACAACUUACUUAAAAACAGACGUGUUUGUGAAGUUAAAGAAAGCAAAGGUGUGACAUAUGUUUUCAAGGAAGUUUAUAGUUACUUAUCUUUAUUUAUUACUUAGAUAAGACCAAGAACCUCGUGCCAAAAAUAGAAAUCCAAUUUCUCUCUCAAAGCAUCCGGUAUUUUAUGUGUUUUUAAAGUAUAGAAAAAAAAACUAUAAUAAACUUUUAAUAUCCUUAUCCAGAAGCUUGUCAUGUAAAAAUUUCAAAUACAUGUUUAUAUAUACAUCAAAAAUACUUACUUUACGAGUAACAGUUUUAACUUUUCUCUAGAACAAAAAGUAACAUUUGUCUAAAGAUGUACGCGACGUUUGUUUAGGCUUAAUACGUCUCUUUAACUUAAAUGUAUUGUCUGAGAUAAUAAUUCAUAAAAUUACAAUGUAAUUUACCAAUCGCGAUAAACCUUAAUUUGCAAUGUAGCGUUUUAUUAUUAUUUUACCAUUGUUCUUUUUGUAAUAUUUAACACAUAAGUGAAUGACAUUUUCCUGCUAAAAGGAAAUAGUUAACCAAUGCGCAUUCACGUUCAACACUGACGUAAUAGUCGUAGUCCUCUGUUUUACACUCAAGCAUACCACACCAUAGCAGACAUAUCAAAAUUCAAUUUCAUUUAUAACAAUUUUAGGCUGUUUGCAAAAGGAUGUGUUAGCUUUUCCUUUCGUGAAAAGAUUUUAAUAGUUAUAAGCUGCAAGAAAACCACAUCUAAACAGUGUUAAUAACGAGUGCAAGUAGGCUUAAAGCAAUGUCGAUAACGAGUGCAAGUAGGCUUAAUUACUAUUGGGAAUAAGUUAUACUUUGUAAUACAAAGUCGAGUUUUCACGACAUUUCUUUGUGGAAGUCACACACACACGCACCUCUCUUUUUAUCUAUCUAAGACUCGGUGUGGCCUAAAGGUACGCGUGUUCGGAAUGUGGUUCCGAGAGUUCAUGGUUCAUUUUCUGUUGCCGCAAAAAUUCGCUCCGCAAUUUGAAGCCGUAGGUUCGUUAUAAGACUUACGAUCAAAUCCUGUUAUUCAGCCAGACAAGAAUAGCCAAACAGUCAACAGUGAGUGUUGUUGACUAGCUGUCUUCCCUCUUGUCUAUCAGUUUACAAGCAAGAACGGCUAUAUGGAAAUAGCCCUUGUACGCUUGCCUUGUAGCCUUGAGUGAAAAUUCUAAAAAAAUGCUCUUCUUUUUUCCUAAAAUGUAUCUAUCUAUGUGGCAGUCUAAGCCUAAAACAACAUAAAUUGGAAAUAAUUUUGAGAGAGAGAGAGAGAUUUGCCACUUCUGCUAAGUUUCAACUCGUACUAUUUUCAUAUUUUGUACUUUUCAAUUAAAGUUCAAAGUUCAGCGAGUACUAAUCCACGUUCCCCGCUGGACUUACAACGUUAAAAUCUGGAGUUCGAUAGCUAAAAAUCAAACUAACUUACUAAUCCGCAUAACUUAAAAAAUUGAAUUUUUUAAAUCUAUCUGAUCCACUGCUUGAAACUAUGUUCUUGUCAUAUUUUCAAAAUGCCACGCAUAAUAAACGGACGAUGAUCGAUUGUAGUUUUUGCUUAAAAUGUUGCCCCCCCCCAUUGGCACAGCGGUAUGUCUGCGGGCUUACAACACUAGAAACCGGGUUUCGAUACCCGUGGUGGCCAAAGCACAGUUAGCCCUUUGCAUAGCUUUGUGCUUAACUACAAGGAAGCAAACAAACUUAAAAUGUUAUUUGAUCGACUAAAAUGUCCAACAGCGUGCAAGUUUUGUGAAUAUAGAACUAUAGAUAACACUGUCGAUUUUUUCCCCCUGAAAAUACAAAACUACGAACAAAAAUAACAUUCUUUUCUCGUGAUAUUUUGUUAAACAUCUCACGUAUUUAUCAAUGCGUACGCCACUUCAAAAUUUACACUAAUGUGGUUUUAUCGGUGCGAUUAUUAAUAGCGUCUGUUAUUUUAUCAAUAACAAAUUCUGACAUUUCUUCUGACAUACGUACAUCUCAUUCCAGUCUACUUACAUAUUUUAUUUAUUUUGUAACUUUUCAAAUGUGUAGGUGCUAUUUCGAUUAGUAUCGUUGCAAUGUGGGUUAUAAGUUAUAGGUAUUCUCCGUUGUUACUGAGUUCAUGGAUAUUUCACGAACCGUUAGUCUCUGAGCACAAGUUCUAUGUAUCCACCCCUCCCUUCUUGUGAGGCUUUGUAUCAGGAUUACAGGCAAUGUGUAAAAUAUUUUAAUAGCAUGAGUUAGGUCUAUACGGAAAUUGAUUCGUAUCUUUUGAGCAGUUUUUUAGUCUCCUCAGACUUUUCUGUAUUUAGCUGGUAAGAAACAGCUAUUAAAUAAAGCAAGGAGACCUCUGUACAGUUUUGUGUGUGUGUGUGUGUGUGUGUUACGAAUGAUGCUUCUUAAGAGUUGUUGUAUAGCAGUGUUAUAUAUAUAUAUACAUAUUCAACAUAACGGAAGUUAGCAUGGCGACAUUUUGAUUAUUUGAAUUUUUGGAUAAUAUUCAUGUAGCUACAAGCUUGAACUCCUUUCAUUGUAUUUAAAAUUACGGUUAGGUUCUUUAAAAGAGCCUUUUUUUUUCUUUGCUUUUUGUUUAAAUUUCUUCACAGUAAGUCAGUAGUUAAAACAGAAAGCAAGGAAUAAAUACAUUUUAAGGUUUUAGAUACGCAUCCAGUGUACGCCAUUUCAAAUGUACAAAUGAAUUCCUGAAUCUUGUUAGGAUCCUAGGCCUAUCAGGAUCCUAGGCCUAUCCCAAUGCAAGUGCCUUACAAUAUUCUUUGAAACUGAAUAAAAAGAUAACUAACAAUUAAGUACAUUAAUGAUAACUGUUCACUUACACAUGUGUGCCUACGUGAUUAAAGCGAGGAAAUAAUACUCUGGGGCAAAACUUGAUAAUAGGGAUGAGGGUGUUGGCUAGAGCUUCAGCCCUAUAAAGAUGGUAAUAUUCGUGAUUCUUUACAUACAUUUUUCUUUAAACCAGUUUUAGUUUUUAGAUUAAUAUACUUUUAAAGGUUGUGUGUGUGUGUGUGUUUAGUAUUGAACUCUGUGCUGGAUAGGGGCUAUAGUCAAAUCAAGAGAUAAUUAAUCAGCCCAUCUGUGCCAUAACACGUAAAAUGACUAAACCCGUAUCAAGUAGUUAAUUGUCCAAUUGAACUCUGGUGCCUUGGGAAUUUUAGAUAGCUUAAACAUCACCUUUUACCCUCCUGGCCAGUAUUUCCAUAAAUAGGAUCGAAGUUGACCACUCUUAAAAAAAAAAGUUCGAUUUGUUAAUAGUAUCAUUCCACGAAAGAUAAGUGUGUACAGUUAGUACAGUUACUUGUGAUUACGAGGCUGUAGUGUGUGUGUGUUGAAAGCAUUAGGGAAAAAAAACACAGAAAUCAACUUUACGUUCUGUGUCUUAUCUGCUACAGUGUAGUCUUAACUAUUUCCCAUCUAUUACAGUGUGAUGUUACUAUGUCUUUACUGGUAGAAUCUAUGCAAA